UUACAUUCACACACACUAACACAACCACCACCUGGAACACAAUGUACACCGUCGCGACGGUAAUAUCUUUGGUAGCUGCAAUACUCGCAGUAUCGGGCCAGCAAUACCAGCAACCAGGUGGCAACUAUGUGGACGAAUACUCGGCAUACGAGUCCCCGCGACCGGCUCAUCCGACCCCUCGCAGUUACGCGUCCGACGCGGCACCGAACCGGCAAUCAGCAGGUCCCACGACUCCGAAGCCAACUCCAGUGGCCAUUUUGAAGCAAAUAAACAGGCACAACGAGGACGGUUCGUACACGUACGGUUUCGAAGGCGCGGACGGUUCGUUCAAGAUCGAAACAAAGCUGCCUACCGGAGAGGUGAAGGGUAAAUACGGCUUCGUGGACGACACGGGCAAAGUUCGAGUGGUCGAAUACGGAGCGAAUCAGUACGGAUUCCAACCGGCUGGAGAAGGUAUCACGGUGGCACCGCCGACCUUGGUGGACGAAACAACCAGCAAAGAAGCUCUGCAAGCGCAGAACUACCAAGACGAGUACCAGCAACCGGCUGCUAGGCCCGCUCCUCUUCGCUCUGUGGCGCCUGCGCCUCGACCCGCGCCUCUUCCGCAAGUUCAAUACGAGCAGCCAUCUUUCCAGCAGCCGCAAUCCCACACCCAAGCGGUCUACGCUUCCCAAGCGGCACCCAGACAACCCAUCCCUAAACCAGCCAUCUUCACCCCGGCCGCUCAAGCCAUUCCUAAACAGACCACGAUUCUUCAACAGAGCGAGGAACCAUCGCCUCCUUCGCAAUUGUUUAAUCAAGGACCUGCUCAAUUUGCACCCGCUCCCGUUCAGGAACGCCGCUCCCAGCCACAACCUCGAAGCCAGAGUGGCGGUAUCUUGGAUCAGCUGGCUAGGGAUUACGCUCUUCCUCAGGGCGUUGCACCGCCGCUACACGAUAUCAGUUUCGGUUAUUACUAGGCCCUCUAGUCCCUCCCGUGUUCGUCAGGGUGGUACCCGUGCGUUUUGGUAUUUACGUUUAUUGUCUGGAGACGCGAUUUUGCGAGAUGGACGCUGUAAUCGCGUGUCAUUUACCGGGACAAAUAUCGAGAAACUGAUUGGAAAAACGAUUUAAUGAUUUUUUUUAAUUUAUUUUGAUUGUUCUUGAUCUUUGUCUCGGUAACGAGUCAUGGUUGCCUACCGAAUUUAGUCUCUGCGAUAAGAGUUCUUGCCAUUGGAACCGAAUGUGAGGGUAUGGAAUGUAAAGUGAAAUUGAAGCGUAGCUAAACGAUUUACGUAUUCGAUAUCAAGUUGAAUGGAGAUAAUUUGAGAUUAAAAUGAAGUGUAUAAAUUAGGAACUCGAAUUUUGGAAACGGUUAUAUUGAUACAGAAAACAACCAGCAGAUAUUGAAGAAAAUAAUGAGAGAUUUAUUUGAUAAUUUCAUGUUGGAUCAUCAACGACUUAGCUCCAUCAAAUGAUGGUUUUAUCUCCUUCAUAUGAGAAGGUUCAUUUACGUAAAUAAUAUCAGACUGAAAAAAAAAUAUGAAUAAAAUUGCUCAAUUUGAGACAGUGAAUUAAGACAUUAUAAUAAAAUUAAUACAAAAUACAUUAUUCUGAUGAUAAUAGUCUU